AUGUGGUGUCCCAGAGCCUUCUCUCUCCUAAUGGACUCAGUCGUAGACUUUGGCUGUGUUGCUGCCAGCAAAACCAGGCCAAACUACAGCUAUGUUUCCCCAGUAACCAAUGGCAGCAGCCCCGAAGACAGGACAUCUGUCACCCAGCAGAUCCACAGUCAGGUAGGGAUAAUGAAUGCAGUUCCCUGUACCAGCCAGGAGGUGGCAGACUGCAACAGGAGUCUGACCAUUCAGGAGCUCUACCAAGUUGACAUCGGAAAGUUCAAAAGCCAGAUACUGGUCUAGGCCCAGGUCAUCCCUUUUGCUCCAGAGCUGUCCAUCACCCUGCUGCUGCGCCACCCCACCCCCACUCUGCUCACCCAGUCAGGAUCCAGGAGCUCAGCUACCCUUCGAGCCACAGAGAGUGGCAACCAGGUGUUAAAAAAGCACUGCACAGUUUUUGUGUCCCUGGGUACAGUGGAGCCAUACAGCGGAUUGGACUGUGACGUGGUGUGGCAUCCCUCUUUCUCCUCCCCUCCAGACUUUGACAUCUGUGUCCACGAGGGCAAUAAACAUCUGCAUUGUGUUGCUGAGAUUGGAUCCACGAUCAUCCAGCUGGCAGAGAACCUGGUCAUAUUUGGAUCAGUGCCUCUCAGAACUGCAUCCUAUUUCCAGUUUUACGGGGUCUAUACUGUAUCUCAAUGAGCAGUACCGCUCACGCUGGCAAACCGCCUGUCAGCCACAGCCCUGGUCACCUUCGACCUGUCAGAGCACACAGACUUCGCUCUGCAGCUCCCUCAGCAUAUACGAGAGAAGGAGCCAGGUGUGGGUGUUGUGUAGGUCCAGGGCAACCAGACAGUCGACUGUUCCCUUGUCUUCUCCCCCACACAGGAAAUGAUGGCCAGUUAUGACCUUGACCUGCCACUGGUGGUCAACAGAGAAAGAUGUCCCACUGCUUCUUGUUGCCUUUCCCAACUCUGUCCACCUCCCCCUCCCUCGCUGUCAUCUGGCUGCAGGAAGCAUGUCGUCAAACCUCUUCCCAAGUCUGUCACCAUGGCGACAUCAUUGUCACAGCGCAUACAGGCCACAGUUGUAUGCACAUUUCCACUAGAAAUGUCCCCCACUAGCCUUCUGUUCCACGUGGAAACUCUGACACCACAGCCCGAUGCUUACACUCAGACAGUGGAGCUGAAAGCAGUGUGUGAGGAGAGUGUGUUUUGGCAUAGUGGUGUCGGGGAGCGUGUGAACUGGUGGUUCGACUGCAGUGCAAAAGCAGUAUCAACAGAGGACAGACAAGAGGGAGAGCUUUGUAUGGUGUCUCCCUCAUCGGGCAGUCUGGGGCCCAGCCAGUCCAUCUGCUUAGUGGUCAGCAUCCCUGAUCAGAACAGGACUGGGUCUGGAAGAGUGAUCAAACUGUCCCUCUCUCUUUACCUGGGAGACAAUGGAGGGAAGGGGAUAGGCAGAGAGGAAGCCUAUCAAGAGCUGCCAUUCACUAUUACUCUUCAGCUUCCUUGUAUCAUCAUCCACCCCCCUGAAAUCCUCCUUACACCAGUACCCCUGAAAAAACACACACUUACCCUGCUGGCCUUAGGAUAUCCUCGGUUUAAGAUUAAGUUGCUUGUUAUCACUGACAGCUGUCUGUUGACAGUGUGGCCCUUCACGACCCUGCAACGCUCCGAGCGGCAGAUAGUUCUCAAGACCGUGUUGUGGCAAAGAUUCAAACAAACCAUUCCAAUGGACAAACCAAGCAAGUCAAAAUAUAGUCUCCAGACAUUUUCCAGUGAUACAGACCAGCGUACCAAUCAGAUGCUACAACAACAUGAAGCUGUACUUGCUUUUCUCAGGGUGCAGGGAGCCUGUCUUUGUCACAUCAGGCCAGUAUACUUGCUAGACAUACAGGAGUAUUAGUAAACACACUGGUGCUCUCUGGUACUGAUAAACAUGCACAUUUAGCAGUUUGGUCGUAGACCUACAACAUGUAAAUUUAAUUGCAUGUCCUCUAAAUUAAUUUUUGGAGCAUUUGGAGAUGGAAAACUGUUGCUGUAGUGUUGCCACAUUGCAAAUAUCUAUUAAUCCAGGGAGCUCCAGUUGCUUGCAUGGCUCAGCAUGCACUACCAGAACACAAGGACGACUGUGUGGAGAACAGGUGGUGUCCCAUCAGCAUGCUGGAUAGUGAAAUUUGACCUGGACUUGACAGAUGGAUUGUUGCCCGCAGCUCUCCUUGCUGCCUACUGCCCUUACCUGGUCAGUAGGAGGUACAGAAGGAUGUACAACACAACUAGCAGCCUGGAGCAGAUCAUUCACAACAACAUCAUGGUGGCCCAGGAAUUCAGUACCCUUGGUGCAAGCAUCGAUGGCCCGCCCACAGAGUUGUCAGACCCCAACCCAGUGCAGAUGUUCAUGCUGUGUGUGUGUCACCUGCAUAAGAGGCUGCCUCAGUAUCUGCCCCUACCCCAUCUUCUAAGCCUGUCAUAUACCAGGCCUUCUUUACCAGGCGGAUCGACUGUCACCGUUCCUCCACAUGCGAGCACUGAACUGACCAUCCAGUUCAGCUGCUCCUUCGUGGAGGCCAGGGAGGCAGUCCUUGUGCUCAUUCCCAGCUCUCCUUUUGGCCUGCGCGGCACUACCCUCGCCUUCAGUCUGAAGACCGAUGCCAGUCACAUCACAUCCGCAAACACUGUCAAGUGCAAGUCUCCAUGCUGCCAGCUGAAGGUCAUCCAAGUGGCCAUAACUAGCCCUUUCAACAGAAAAGCUGUGGUCAGGGUGGUGCUGGUGGAGCCUCCAUUCAGUCUGACAGUGGGAGAUAUAGUCCGAGUGAUAAAGGCAACAGCAGACGUGCCUUUUCCUUCCCCUCUAACUGUCAGGCCCAGUCCUAACAUAGUCUUCAUCACCAGCAAUUCUAUAGACCCAGUUAUGUGUGUAUCAGUACAAAGCCUACACUGCCAGGUGGGGCAGGUGUGUGAGGAGAUGAUGCCGCUGAUCAGUAUGGCCUGGGAGGCAGCUCUGGCCAUCUGGGGUCAACACAGCAUGAGUGCAGAUGAACGCAGGAGGUCGAUGCUGAAAUACACUUUGUAAGCAUCCACAGCUGCUUGCAAGCUUCUGAAACAACCAGUAAUUCUGCUGAGAGAAGUUCAGCACAGUAGAAAAAUAUAAUAAAGUGCAACGGUUUCUUUGCCAUAACACUUUACCCAGUACUUUUAUAAUACCUACAGUAUAAAAGAAGACACCAACAUACCAUGGGAGAAUCCAGCAGAUGGUUGUCAUGUCGACAUCCUCUUGUGGAUCCAGGCAGACUCUGUGUGGCAGUUUGCAUGUCUACAGGCUAGAGGCGCUGGUUACAGGUAAAUACCAGCUGUUAUCAGAGCUUAAACCUCCAAAUGGGGGGUAUCCAUCCACUUGGACCUCCGUUUGCCUGCUCACCGUUCAGUCACGCAAGACAUACCACUGCACAAUGAGAUCCAGCGAGACUAGAAAAUGCAGGCUGAGUUGUACAGUGAAGGCUUCUCUGGCCCAAAGAAUGACUGCGAUGGUACCGAGCACGUGCUUACCCUUAGAGGAGUGGGAGAGCACCCCCUGCCUGUGGACCAUGUGGUAUUACACUGCCCUGCAGGUCAAACCACGCACACUCUGGAUCAUCCCGACUACAGCAAGAACAAACUCACUCUCAAGAUGGUUGCAGACCUGUCUGUUGUAAGUGGCACCUCCUCCCUGAAGGUUAAAGCUGGUGGCAGUGCUCCGUACACCCUGGCUGUGUCACCAUGGAAAUGAGGAAAACAGACAGGUCAGUUUGCAUUUCUAGAAAGUGAUGACGGCCAAGAGGCAGACAAACACAAAGGUAUGCUUAGUAACUCAGUUGCCAUAGAGAUCCCUAUCAGUAACCUGCAAGGAGAGCGACUGAGGAUGGAUGUGUACCUGGAAGGUGAAGUCAACAGGGUUUCAGUUCCCCCAUGGGAGACUCUCACCUACAAAGCUACGUUCUCCCCUGGCAGAGUCGGGGAGAGCACAGGCAGGGUGUUGUUCCAGUCAGAGCUGGUGGGGGAGGUCUGGUAUCGACUAGAGCUUUUUACUCUUCCUCCAGCAGUCAUCCCACCACCACAAGCCUGCUGUCAGCUGGGCAAGUACACCAACACACCAACGCAUUGCUUUGUUGAGCUACUUGUAGCCAACAGUAACCCCAGAAACUACACACCGCAAGUUGAUUCAGGAAGUACUCUUAUUGUUGAGCCCCACUCCUCCACCCAGCUUGGUGUCCAUUUCAGUCCUUCAUCCAUUGGAGAGGGGAGCCACACAACAAAGAUCACUUUCACGUGCCCUGAGUUGCAGGAAUGGUCUGUGUUGUUGAGUGGACGUGGCCUUAACCCAGAGAGCGAGGAGCCCCUGUGCAUCUCUUCCCUGAUUGGCUCCAACGCCUCCCUAGCUGUUCCCUUCGUGAACCCCGCUGAGCUCCCAGUCGUUCUCGAUAUCACGCUCACAGGACCCCCGAGCUGACAUCAAGUCACGACAGACAAGGAGAUCUUCCUUAUCCCUCUGAGCCACACUGAAGGUGUACAAAUCAGUGAAGGGAUUGGUUUUUAUGUGCCCGAGGUGUUUGCUCCUCCCGCUGUGGAGCUACAGCAGCCCUGGCUCUGCAUCACUAUGAAGCAGCAGCCCGCUGCUUUAAGCAAUAGCACCUUUGGUACAAACAACGUGAGGUCAGGGCAGGAAUUGACAACCAUCUGUUGGAUUUACCCUCUCCGUGGGAUUCCUGUGGAAGUGCCUAUUGAGAACUCACCACUUGGCAUGGUCCAAUGUGAAAUGGGCUGCCAGCUGGAAAGGAAGGUGGAUAUACUGCUCACUCAAUGUGUGCCGGGGAAUCAGGACCGGAAAGGACAAGAAGGUUCACAAGUGACGAUGGAAGACUUCCUGUGCGACAGCGAAGCAGAGCACUCUGAGGUGGAGGACUGCCUUUCUGUCUGCAUCGAGGCGGUGAGGAGGGACCCUGAGACCGGCAUCGCAACACUCACCCUUGAUGUAGUCUACACUCCCCUCAGGCCAUGCAGGUUACAGUACUGA